AGAGGGCUGGGCUGGAUGGGGUGGGAUUUCCUGUGUUAGCAGGUCAGCUGUUCUCCCUCUCUCUCUCUGUCUGUCUUUUUCUCCCCCCCUCCCCAUUCACUUACUCACUCACUCACUCUCUCCCUCCUAUGUGGAUCGUGCGGUCUAGUGCCCCUCUCUCCCCCCUGGUGCCUCUCUCUUGGGAUCUGAUUAGUGAUGUGUAACCUACAGAAUGCCCAGCAGCACUGGAAAAAGGUUUAAACCAACAAAAUACAUCCCUGUCUCCACUGCAGCUGCUUUAUUAGUAGGAUCAACCACUUUGUUUUUUGUUUUCACGUGUCCUUGGCUAACUAGAGAAAUCUCCCCAGCCAUUCCAGUGUACAAUGGGCUCGUGUUCCUGUUUGUCUUGGCAAACUUCAGCAUGGCAACCUUUAUGGAUCCUGGAAUCUUCCCAAGAGCUGAUGAAGAUGAAGAUAAGGAUGAUGAUUUCCGGGCACCACUAUACAAAAAUGUGGAGAUCAAAAGAAUACAAGUACGGAUGAAGUGGUGUGCUACUUGCCACUUUUACCGCCCACCUCGCUGCUCACAUUGUAGUGUCUGCGACAACUGUGUAGAGGAUUUUGAUCAUCAUUGCCCCUGGGUGAAUAACUGCAUCGGGCGGAGGAAUUAUCGCUAUUUCUUCCUUUUCUUGCUUUCUCUAAGCACACAUAUGGUUGGAGUCUUCUCAUUUGGGCUAAUAUUUGUCCUGAACCAUCUGGAAGUUCUUGGAGAAGUGCACACUAGCAUCACCAUAUCGGUAAUGUGUGUGGCCGGACUGUUCUUCAUUCCUGUUAUUGGCCUCACUGGUUUCCAUAUUGUACUUGUAGUACGAGGCCGCACAACCAAUGAACAGGUGACCGGGAAGUUCAGGGGAGGAGUUAACCCUUUCACCCGUGGAUGCUGUGGAAAUAUACAACAUGUCCUCUGCAGCCCCUUGUCACCCAGGUAUGUGGUGGAACCAAAGAAGAAGCUACCAGUCACUAUAAAGCCUCCUUUUAUUCGGCCAGAUGUGUCUGAGCGUCAGAUCACAGUGAAGAUCAGUGACAAUGGAAUCCAAGCCAAUCUGCAUCGUGCCAAGUCCAAAGGAAGCUUGGAUGGCAUCAAUGACAAGUCGCUGGAUAUGCAGCCGUCACUGCCCCCUAAAGGAGAUACCAUCAAAUACUCUGACAUAGCAGGACCCCUGGCAGCCAAUGAAGAGAGUGGUUUGUCACCAAAAAUGAUCAGUCCUCCCACUCCAGCAAUGUACAAGUACCGACCAGCUUUCACAGCCACCCCCAAAGUGCACUAUCAUCCAGCUACAGAACAGAUUGCUAUGCAAGAAGGUUUGAAGGACAGCUUGUUUCUGGAAGAUGAUUGCCGGAGCCAUGAUUAUCAAUCAGAGCCAAACCUGGAUGUCCCUGAAUAUCGCAAGAACUCACUUCACAAAUCUUACCAGUCAUCUCCACUCCAGCUUGAUGCAUUUACUGCCAAUUCACGGUCCCUAAGCUUGAAGAACUCUGGUCGCCGUGAGUCAGAGAAAGUACCUCUCCAGAUGGUAAAGUCGGAAGGUGGAACAAACACACCAUACAAAAAUGUGUUUUCCCCCAAUGCCUUGUCCAACCGUAAUGGGAGCCUGUCUUAUGACAGCUUACUAAAUCCCAUGUCUCCAGCAGCUGCUAAAUGCACUGCCCACACUGCAGCUGGCUCUGUGGGUUAUCACUCACCCUAUAUGUCUGCCAAAAUGUGCCAUCUACGAGGAGGAGAGAGGCAACCAGUGCAGGGUUUCAGCCCUGUGCUGAACAGGGCAUCUGGACAUCAGAGGGAUCCUUCACCUGUGCGGUAUGAUAACCUUUCUAAAUCCAUUAUGGCCUCUAUUCAGGAAAGGAAAGAGAUGGAGGAGAGGGAGAAGCUGCUGCACUCACAUGCGGAUUCUGUUUUUGCAGACUCUGGGGUCUAUGAUACCCCCAGCACAUACAGCUUGCAGCAGGUCAGCUCGCUUUCCGAGAACCCUCGUGCUACUGCAGGCCGUUACGGGUCAAAGGACAAUCUAUUAGCUGGAGCUCCUAGCUUCAGCUCCAGGAACCCUAUUCUACAGUCCUCUGUGUCCUCUCUCUCCAGUGCAAUCUCCCGAGCCCCUAGGACUUCCACCACCUCCUUACAGGCUGACUUGGCCAAUAACAAUAUCCAGAGCCAUCAACCUUUGCAAGGUAGGGUUAGCAAUGGGUCAUACAAGUCUCCUGGUCACCAUGCUCCAUCAUCACCCUCUGGGAUACUUAGAUCUCCUUCCUGUGGUGGAACAAAGGCUGUCACAUUUAUUAAUACCAUGGAAUUUGUUGAAGGACCUUCAAUGACAGUCCAAAGGGAGGAGCUUCCGUUGAAGGCACCACAUGGUAAAAUAAAUGGACAGCCAAAGGGUUUAUCGAGACUUGGAUCCACCUCCAGUUCACAAGGCACCACAGUUGUAAGCCCUUCCAGGCACUCAAGUGUCAAGAAGGUAUCAGGAGUUGGUGGCACGACUUAUGAAAUAUCUGUGUAGUGUGAGCUGCCAACAACACUGUGAGGACUGCAGUCAUAAACCAAUAAAGAACAACGUACAAAGCUAAUGGCGUGAUUCCGUUGGUAGGUCUGAUUGGACAGAUUAAACUCAGUCAACGGAAGUCUUAAUGUUGCAGACUGAAAUACAAUAGUAGUUUUUGAAGUGUUUUCACAUAAGGACAUCACUUGGCAUUGCCGAAGAAAAGAGGAAAACAAAAAAUCAGAAGCCAUUGUACGUGUGUCUGUCCAAACCAACUACAACAGCAGCAAAAAGCAAACAUUGUUUUAAAAAAAGAUAUGAUGAGAGAGAAACGGGACUGUUUUAACUUUUUAUUUUUUAUUAUUAUUAUUAUUAUUACUUUGGUUGGGGUGUUGCAGGUUGUGUGAGGAAUUGGCUUGGUUGUAAACCCCUACUCUUGCAGAGCUAAAUCUCAGGAGCUGGAGACUGGAACCAUAUACCCCUUCUUUUCCUUUGUUUCUUCCACCCCCCCCUUUCAAUUUUUUAUUUUUCUUACCAAAAGUGUGGUGCUAGCUCUGCAUUCCUUAUGCUCGAGUAGCCUUUCCUUCUCUGCAUUGUAAUGCUUUUUUUCUUUAGAGUUGCGUGGUGUGUUUUGUGUGUACAUGUGUCUGCAUAUGCGUUGUGUGUGUAUGUGUGCGCGUGCGUGUUUAACAUUCUUGCAAAAUCCUGCAGAAAGAUGUUCUCUAAAACCCAUUAUGAACAACAUAAAAUCUGUCACAAAAAGACAUUGGUUAUAAGACUUGUCUAAGUUAUUAAUCUCAAGAGUUUAGGCUAAGAAUAGAAACGAGAACAUUGUUGUAUAUGGUUACAGGUUUCAUUUUUUUUUUUUUUUUUUCAACUAUCCUGAAGUUCCCAAUUUAGUGAAUACGUCCUCCGUAUUAUAACUUUCUGCAUCUCUCAUAUUUAAAGUUACAUCCUCUUCUUGCUCCUGAAGAGUUUGAGUCCUGCACUGGUUUUGAAUACAGACAUAUGUCUUGGAGGGGGAACUGUCACUUCCCUGGAUUUUAAUAUUCUGUUUAUCUCUAACAUUUAGCAAAUAUGUGUUUUGUGAGUUCUGUAAAAUAAAACUUAAAUGUAAAAAUUCACCCUUUUAUUUAUUGUUUUAAUUAGAUUUUUAGUUUGUUUUUGUUUUUUUGUAGAAGAGGAGAAACUUUUCUGUUAACCCCCUCAUUUGCAUGGU